AUGCGCGCACUGUCAAAGACGUUGAAUGUUAGGUCCACCGAGGUGGUUAGAGUUGUAGGUAAUCUGGUCGAACCGAUCCAAAGAAUGGGUAUCGAACAGGCCCAAACUAGUGGGAAGCUAUUGCCAUCUAAAAAACCACUGCUCUUAGACAUCCCUAAGUCCGCACAAACGUUUCUUUUACAGGCUCCUAGGUCCGCGGAGAAUACGACUCCAAUAGAGACAGAUCACAGCGGGUCGCAGCAAGAUGAAUUCCGCAGAGCAUGUCGUUUGCUCGGUGCUAAUGACAUAUCGUCAGUCGCGGGACUACCACCUAUGGAGUUUGAUGCUGUCAGUGCAGCUCAAGGUAGGCGGUUCUCGAACCAAGGCGUCCUUACGGAUGAAAGACAGUCUAACCGACAAGAUUCAUUACAGAGGAACGUUGUCGAGAACGAGCUCCACCAAGCUAUGGUGCCACCCACGCCAACGCGGGACAACCGCCAAAGAGGUUGGUCUCCAGUUCAUAGCGAAAUGAGUUCUCGAAUUGAUAGUGGGGUGGGAACCGCACUGGCUGCCAUGGCUCUUCCGGAGGUCAAAGAAUUUAGCGACCCAGAUGGUAAGGGGUUCACUGAGUUCGUAACGUCGCUCUCGAUGAAAUAUGGCAGGAUCGGCCUCCCAGACGAUAUGUUAAUCCACCUUAUGAGUGAGAAGCUUGUAGGGUAUCCAAAAGCUGUCAUGAAAACGCUCCCUAUUGGAACCAAACAGGGCAAAUUUGCCGAUUUUGUGGCUGCUCUUAAAGCUAAGUUCGCCGAGAACACUUCAGCAAAACGGAUGGAAUCGCAUGUUAAGUUAAAGCAGCUUACGAUGUCAAAGUCUGUCACGGAAUACUGGGUGCAGCUAGAAAGCUUAACACGGUUCUCAAACCCUAGUGCGUCAGAAACGGACUUAUCAAUGGUGAGAGCGAGUGAACUCAUUUCACAACUCACCAAUUGGCCUGAGUAUUUCCAACUUUUUGCUGUCAUGGAAUCAGCAGCACCACACGAGGUCUAUGAGAAGCUAAAGAACCUCGCCCAAGGAAUUGAAAGAAGUAAAAAGAUGGCGGCAGCGAUGAGAUCCGCCUCGGAAGUGAAGCAAGUGGACGACCGAAGGAAGCCGCGGCGACCUUGCUAUUCACAAGACUACGGGGAAACACUGACCGAAUGGGAAACAUCCAUAUCCGUCCCCUAG